AUGGCCCCACUGAAUAUUACAGACAAGUGCGAGGGCCCCACAGUCGGGUGGAUCCUACAGUCUAAGUUCGUGGUGCGGUGGGUCAUCUCUGAUCAACGCUCCAGUCUACCGUCUACCAUGUCCCUGAUGGAUCUACCUCUGUACACUACGUUCCGACUGAAGCGGGCUAAUCGACGAAGCUCGCGGAAGCGUUCCCGAUUUCCGACCCGCUCAAAUCUCAAAUCUCAAAUCUCAGGAUGA